AAAGCACGUAUCGCACCACUGUUGCUGGCAAGGGAGGGAAAAAGCUGGAUUUGCUUGUGAAACGUAGCUGAACCAGCAGAGCGCUUUCCUGGCGGUGAGUGAGUACCAAAGGAGGCCGAUUAGGCUGAGUCAAUCAGUUUGAGUUUGGCGAUCUUAUUGAAAGGGACACUGUGCGCUCACGUGUGUUAGCUCGAAAUUGGAAUAAAGUUGGGGUUGAAACAGUAGGCCAUCGUUGCAAGCGGUGCCAUUCUGGGUAUCGAUUUUUUCUGCGCUUCACCGCGGCAACCAACUUACGGCUCAGCGCCUCUCGCGUCGUCUCACCCAGUCUUUUUUAGGAUUGCAGUGGGACUUUAGUGAGCUGAAUUCUGAGGAAUAUUUUUCGUAUAUGGGUUUACGGAGACGUACAACUGAUUCCGCCGAUAUGGCUCAACCUGUGCAUCGAGAAACAUGGAUUUCGACGAAUAAAAUUCUAAAUAGUAGUAUGAGUGCAAAGCGCAUGAACAGCCGUAAUCCAAAUUUCGAUUAUGAUGAAACUAAAUUGCUGAUUUCGCUGUGGGGAGAUCCACAGGUACAGAAAACUCUAAUAACCACCCACAAGAAGCAUCCUGUUAUUGCCGAACUUGCUUUGAAAAUGCGUGAAUAUGGCUACAAUCGCUCAACGGAGGAAAUAAACACGCGCAUUAAAAAUCUAAAGUGCUUCUACAAUCGCAUCAAAAAGGACAUGGCGGCAGGUAUAAUCAACCAGACAACUUGGAAGCACUUCGGCGAGAUGGAUGAAAUCAUAAGCCGGCCUGUUUUUGGGAAUGCCCAUCGACUGCACAUGAUCCAACAACAGAAGCAACAACAGGAAGAGGAGGAGCUGAAAAAACAAAUCCUCGAACAGCAGGAACAAAUGCAGCGUUUCCCCGUCAAAUUAGAGGUUAUGAGUGAUGACGAUUCCACGGAGAUUCGAGCGGAGGAUUUGCUAACCAUAGACACUAAUCCGCCUGAUGAUUCUGGUGCGCUCGAGAAGGAUGAGCUGCACAUCAAAGAUGAUAAAAAAAAUGAUGACGAUGAGGAGGAUGAUGACGAUGAUGAUGAUGACAGUGAUUUCGAUGUGGAAAACGAAUUCAACGAUGGUUUGGACGAAUUACUUUCAAAGGCAAAAGCCGGAACGACACCUGAUGUAUUGCCUUCUAAUCAAUCUACUCCAAAAACUGUUAAUAGCUGCGAAUCGACGAGUCAAACUACUACUACGGUAACCACACCCGCUAGCUCACAAGGAAAGAUAUCCGUGGUCCCAACCAACCUCCUACUGAAACCUCCCACAUCGAACGUUAACAUUAGCUCCCCAAUUCAAAUCUACACACAACCAACAGUUAGUUUAGCCAAACCACCCACGCUUGCACCAGCUCCGCAAGGACUCAACACAUCAGCAACAUCGAGUAGUACGAUGGCUCCGAUGAAACUGCUACUAGUCAACACGGUUUCAAAAGAUGGAACGACCCAACAGAUCCUGACGCCUGCUUCGGAAGUACCAAAAAUGCCUCAAAUGCGACCGGCUCCAAUACUGGCACCAAAACCAUCCGUAAUUCCGAUUGCACCAAAACCACCAGUAGUGAGCAUUCCAGCUAUGAACGUACCUCAAAACCAAAGUCCAAUGAUUACAGCCGCAGCACGAAAGUCGAAACCGGGACUGUUAAACGGCGAAAAGUCUGCCGGUUUCAAAUCCUUGCUAGGCCAGCUAGUAUCAAUACAGCGUGAGCAACUAGUCGUUUCACAAGCUAGGAUGGCUUUGGAAAAAGAGCGACUCGAGUUUGAGAAGCAAAUUGGCGGUCCCCUAGUCGAUGUAGUGCGAAGUUUAAGUGGAUUCUUUAACGGAUUCAUACAACAGCAGAAACAAACACAAAAAUCCAAGUUGCCCCUUGGAGAAGAUAGCGGACAGUCUGCGGCCAAAAGAAAGCGCACAGAAAAUAAUGAAAAUAAACAACAACAACCAACUGUAACUACAACCGAAACCAUCAAAGCUGAAGUGAUUAGUGAUAAUGAAAACUAAACAAAUUUUCCUUCGGAAAAAUUUCCUUUGCAUUCCAAGAAACUUUAAUUUAUUUAAUUUAUCAUAUUUAUUAUUUAUAAUUGAUCGUUCUCUUCAGUUUUUUGAAUUCAUAUAUGAAUAGUUUAAGCACCUCUGA